CGUGACGGUUGCUUGGCAACGGAAUCUUCUGCCCGUCCGCCCGCUGCCCUCCAUGACGGCUUCUUCUCCAGGUUACAUAAACGUUUCUGUUGGAGUGAAAGCGUAUCUGAAUAAUGAGGGCUGGUAGAAAGGAAAGACAAAUUGUAAAUGACAUCACUGUCCAGGUGGAGAGAGACGGAGACACGCAAACUUUCAGAGGAGUCCCGCACAGGUCAGCUGAUCGCAGUCACCUCAGCAGAGCGAGGAAGGUGAGGGCUCACCUGGUGGAGGCAGGGUGGAGCCUGGUGGCGUUUGUGUCUGGGCUGGUGUUGGCGUCUCUGUAUGGGCUCAUCGCUCUCCUCCUGCAGAACCAGCCGAUAUGGCUCUGUGUUUACACCACUGUGGUCCUGGCCGGCCUGGUGGGGUUCGGCAUGGGCCUGUCAGCUGGUGUUCGGGUCAGCGUCUUGGUGAUGCUGCCCUCCAUGUGCUCAGCUCAUGGCAGGAACUUCCUCCUCCUCCUGUUUGUGUCCGUGCUGCUGUCGGGUCCAAUAAACAACACGCUGGAAAACACAAAGCGAGCUGCUUCCAGCCUGCUGUGUGGAGCCGAGCUGGCAGCCAAUCAGACGCAGGAGCUGAUGCAGAAAGCAGCCACGCCCCUUUUCUCUGUGUUGGACAAAGUCAGACAGAUCAGCAGUAAUGCCUACGCUGUGGCAGGAAGAGUCCAGAACUUCAUCAACGCUCUGGCAGACAGCGUCCGCCAUGUUGCUCGAACUCUGAGGAACGUCCUCCACUUCCUGGUGGACAUCGGGGACAUCUGUAAUGAAAAGCUCGGCGCUCCGUACAGGAAGUGUCGGGACGUGUUCGCCGAAGCUCGAAGCGACUGCUCUGACCUGCUGGGGGAAUUCAACUUCCUGUGUGACAUCAUUGACGGCUUCCUGCCACUCUGUAACCUCGCUCGCGCCGGCGAGCUCUUCUGUGUCAUCCCCUCUUACGUUGCCGCCCAUUUAAAACAACGCCUGGCAGAUCCCACCGUCGCAGCCUUUGGGAAAAUGAUGGCUGAGUUCGACUUCAACAUCUCGGCCUCUGUGAAGCUGGACCUGGACGCCAACAGCAGCCGGUCUCUGCAGCAGGUCUCCCAGGACAUCAUGCGUGAGAUUUCAUCGGACCUGCAGUUGUUUCAGAGACUGAGCGAGCCGCUGACGUACGUCUGCCUCGUCCUGCUCGCCGUCACCUUUCUGAGGGCCGUCUGUUACCGCCGCCGGUAUCUCUCUGAACUGGACUUCGAUAACGUGUACAUCAAUGCUCAGUUCAAAGAGCUCGACCAACAGCUGACUUCAGGGGGCGGGGCUUCGGUCCUCCCACUCACACGCAGGGAGGCCAAGAUCUACGUCACCCCAUGUUCGUUUCAGCUGUCGAGCAGAGAGCGCCACGGUGUGCUGGUGGGCGUGACCUCCGUUUUCAGACACCUGCUGAUUGGCAGCCUUCUGGUGGCGCUGGACUUCCUGGUGUUCUGGAUUCUGGAUCAGGUUCACCACCAGGUGAAGGGGGACGUGGUCGCCAGAGCUCCGGUCUCAGUGGUGGUCCAGGUGGAAGGGACCGGUUACGCCUCGGACAUCUACAGAGACCUGGUGGCCUCGUUCAACAUCCUGCAGGGAGGAAACAUCACUGUGAUCAGCAGGAAGUGUCUGAUGGAGCCGUCGGAGCCCAACUACGUCACAUGUUUCAUCCUCGGGUUCCUGCUGGGUCUGGCUCUGCUCGUGUCUCUGACCGGAGGAUUGAUGAAGCGAUGCCGACGACUGAUCUGUGCUUCAUAUCAUCCAGAGCGAGAACUGGAGAGGAUCCACUUCCUCCACCAGCAGAUCCUGGAUCAGAGGAGGGCGGUGGGCAGAGCCCUGAGGAGGUCUGCAGCCAGAAAUCAAGCUGACCAAGAAGAAGGAGGAGGAAGGAGUUGUCUUCAAACUUUACUGAUGUGGUUGCCUGGAGGAGCUCACCUGUCUCACCUGCUGCCUCCCACUGUCCCCUGUCUGGCCUGUGGUGAGGUGCUGAGACCGAAGGACGAGGAAACGGUGACCUGUGAUGUGCCGCGGUGUUCAGGCGUUUACUGUCGGUCGUGUUUCCACAGUUUGGGAAACACGUGUGUGGUCUGCAUGCGACCUCUGACCUUCCAGGAAGACAGCGAGGAGGAGCUCGACUCAUCUGAUGACGAGCCGCUGAGUCUUUGGUCUGCAGCCCUGAACUCCACACGCAUCAUCGACUGCUGCGCCAGGAGGCUGAUGAAGAGGAGGAUCUCCACGGCAACACGCUGCAGACCGAAGGGGCGCCCCAACGGCGAUGAGGAUCAGAGCGACAGCAGCGUUCACUCUGACUCUGAGCUCAGUGAAGCAGACAUGACGUACCAGGACCGACCCGGGUCAGACGAGUCCGACAGCGAUGCUUCUUUUCACAGCAUCGGCUCAGGCGACUUCAGUCCCCAGAACCAGACUCUCCACACAGUCUGCGUUCACUCACCAGCAUCAUCCUAAAACCACCAGGACCAUCCAGGAUCCUCCAGGCCCUGUCGACACUAGCCUGAAGCAGUAGAGCUCCUUGUUUGUGGUUAAAGUUAUUAAAGCAUAAAAUGAAGCUGUGAAAUGGAAUUUGUCUGCAGCAAACUGACUUCCUGUCUGUUAACUGAUCUCCUGGAGAACAUCUGGAUUUUAGAUUUUCAGGAUUUCUGAGAGAAAAAGAGAAACAGAUUUUAAAUCUUAUAAAGAUCAGUUAGAAAAAAACUGCUGUAAGAAGAGAUUAAAAAUUAUCUAUAAGAUUUAACCAAAGUACACGAAGAGACAAGAACAAGAAGAAAGAGUCUGAGGUUGCUGGUCUGUGAGGACUUUUGAACUUUUCUUCUUCUCUGUUUCUGUGAAUGUGAGACUCCGUCUGCUUUGGCUUCAGUGUGAGUUCAGAUUUAUAGCUGAGAGCGAACAUCUGCAGAGCUGAUGCUGGAAAAGGUUUUCAGGUUCUGCUGUUUGAGGUCGGCACACAUCAAGCCCUCGUCUUCGUUUUGUAGAGAGGUCUUCGUCAUUAGUUCUCCAGCCGCUGAAGCUCUGACCAGGAUGUUUUAAUUGGUUGACACUUAAAUAACACGAGUUAAAUCCAUUCCUGCUGCCUCUGUCCUACGCUGCAUGCACGUGUAUGAGCUUCACUAAUAUCAGACAUUAAAUAUCAGCUUAAAC